UCUGCUGCUGCAGCCAGACGAGAGCGAGACCCAGUCAGGCCCCGAAAAAAGAAAAAAUAUUUUAAAAAUUGUAAAAAAUAAUAAAACUACAGAUCGAAAUAAAAAAAACAGUGGAAGGUGCUGUGGGGAUUUCCACGGUAGGUUUUUGCCGGACAGAGGAUGGAAUGUUACCGGGGUUUUUUCUGAAAUUGACUAGUGCGUUGCUGGAAACUUUUUGGGCAGUGAAGAUGCACAGCAAUACCACCUACUCACCCCCAACUGAUGCUAUAGGCACCGGGUGAGAGGGGGGAAAUUCACAUUCAGGGCGAUCAGAGGAGCUCCCAUCUGUAGACUCGCAAGAUACCUGCAGAUUCAAAGGUUUGCAGCUGAGGUGCACCGUCGGUCCACUCAGCCCCUCUGAGCGCAACCCAGCCCCUCCCCCCGACAUCCCGCACGCAGCUCCAGCACCACGCAAAGCCUGGAGGGGGGGGCAGCCCCAGCCAUCUCCCCAUGGCAGCGGCACACUAGGGCUGCCAUGGCAGCAGGCACCGCCGAUGCCCCACGCCAGCAUACCGCACUGAGCCCGGAGGACGAGGAACGACGAGCCGCCGCCAAGCUUUUCCGAGGCAGACCGCCGCUGGGCAGAGAGAGCAAGAGCGACAGAGAGAGAGAGGAGUGCGAGAGGCUGCGGGAGGGCCGCUUGGGCGGGAGCGAGUGUCCGGUGUGCGGGGCUCUCUUCGGCUCGCACGACCAGCUCCGCCUUCACGCCUUCUGCCAUACCGGAGAGAAGCCCUUCCACUGCUUCCAGCCAAACUGUGGAAAGGCCUUUGUCUCCAAAUACAAAUUGUUCAGGCAUAUGGCCACACAUUCUCCACAGAAGACCCACCAGUGCUUAUUCUGUGAUAAGAUGUUUCACCGAAAAGAUCACCUGAAGAACCACCUGCAGACCCACGACCCGAACAAGGAGGCCUUCAGGUGCGAGGAGUGUGGCAAGAACUACAACACCAAGCUGGGCUACAAGCGUCACGUGGCUAUGCACGCGGCGACCAGCGGAGAUCUCACCUGCAAGGUGUGCCUGCAGAGCUACGAGAGCACCCCCGAGCUGCUGGAGCACCUCAAGAGCCACUCGGGCAAGUCGUCCGGCGGCACCAAGGAAAAGAAGCACCCUUGCGACCACUGUGACCGGCGUUUCUACACACGCAAGGACGUACGCCGCCACAUGGUGGUGCACACGGGCCGGAAGGACUUCCUGUGCCAAUACUGCGCCCAGCGCUUCGGCCGGAAGGACCACUUGACGCGACAUGUGAAGAAGAGCCACUCGCAGGAGCUGCUGAAGAUCAAGACGGAGCCGCCUGACCUGCUCAGCCUUCUGGGCUCUGGGUCGCCUCCAUGCGCUGUCAAGGAAGAGCUCAGUCCCAUGAUGUGCAUGGGUUCCUCUAAGGACUCCAUGCUGGGCAAGCCCUUCCCUGGAGCAUUCCCCAUGGGCAUGUACAACCCCCACCUGCAGGCCAUGUCCAACUCUGGGCCGCCUCACCACUCCCUGGUGUCGGGUCCUCUGUCCACCGCCAUGGGGAUGGGCUGCCACAUGGAGUCCCCCUCCCCUCUUCACCACCAUCAUCACCACCAUCACCAUCAUCACCACCACCACCAUGCUUCCCCUUCAUCCCAGCAGCAGCAACAGCAGCAGCAGCAACAGCAUCCCCAGCCACCCCUUCCCAAGUACCAGCUUGGAUCUACCUCAUAUCUACUGGAGAAGCCCCUGAAGGUGGAGAUGGAGAGCUUCCUGAUGGAUCUGCAGAGUGGGCUGCCCGUGCCCCCGCAGGCUGACACCCUUGGCAGCUCCCCAGCUAAAGAGGGUCUCGAGCACCAGCAGGUGCUGCCAGAUGAUCUCGGCGGGGAGCACCUCCUGUCCAAAAGCCCGGCUGUCAUUGCAGAGUCUCUGUGUGCUGCUAACAUGGACUUCUCCCACCUGCUGAGCUUCCUGCCACUCAACCUGCCCCCCUACAAUCCUCCCAUGAGCGCUGGCGGCCUGGUCAUGGGCUACUCCUCCUCAACCUCAUCGACCUCCUCCUCGUCUUCCUCCCACAUGGCCGAUCCCCACGCUCCACCACAUACCUCUUUGCAACCGCAACCUCAGGAGUCACAGGGCUCCGGCGGGGGCCUCGGCCUGGGGCCCCUGCACUCACUCCCUCCAGUGUUCAGCACCAGCCUCAGUGCCACCACUCUCCCUCGCUUCCACCAAGCCUUCCAGUGAGGGCCACACCUCCCUGGGGUCAGGGGUCGAAACACUUGAACACUUAGAAGCCUUAAUUUAAGCGCACAAAUGCUUAUGAUUGAGCCCAGAGAAAGCUAAACUAGACGUAAAGAACUUAAACGCGAAUCGCUUUGAUUUAGGCUUCCUCUCUACUGUUUGGUCGCCAGUCUGUUAAUCCUUAUCAUCCAACUUCUUUCAAACACUCACUUUCCCCUCCCAUAUAUAUAUGUCAUAGUUGAUUGGCAUAAUAAGUGAAUCAGUAGGCAUGGUACUGCAAGUUUGUUUUCUAGAUAAUAAUAGAGGAAAGAAAGCUCAAACAUUUUCUGUCCAGGAAAUAGUUUUAAUUGCAUUAAGAUUAUUAUACUUUUCCAAAUAUGAAAUCAAAGCAGCUGCAUUGUAUCCUUCCACCUCGGUCCGUGUCCACAUCUGGUUGUAGUUAACAUGAAGCUAAAGAGGCUUUGCAGAGAGGCGUGAAAAAUUAGUGAAGGAAUGAAGUAACGACGUCAAGGCAAGCUAUCUCACCUCAGAACGUGCCUUGCAAACUUUAACUUUGCGUAAUCUGAGCAACAUUUGCUCCUAUGUACUCGAACAUAACGCCUUUUAUUCUUUAAACCAAAUAACUGUAAGGAAAUAUCACAUUUAAAACAGUUUUAGAACUGAUAAAAUAAUAUCAGGUACUAUGAGCUGUCCUCUGUGGGGUUGUGUAGACCUCUUAACUGUGAUAAAUAGCUAAAAUUAGAUGCUACAGAACACAGCAGGAGUGCCUGUAUAUACACUCUUCUCAGGCCAGUGUGACAACAGGUUGACAGCAAGAGUAAUUUUGUUCGUACAGUGCACUCGGGUGGUUUUAUUACUAACGGUGCUGCACUGAAUUGGAAAUGAUUGGCAGACCUUAAAUAAAGCAGCGUUUACAGGUGUAAGAAAAUCUGAAUGCACUGCAAGUAAGCUUGUAUAAAUACAGCAGGUCUCUCUGCUGUUUCAAGUAGCGCAAAUCCCAGUAAUGGACAGGAUGUGAAACUGUGAGUUUUGUUCUUGUAAAAAGAAGCACUUUUACAUAAGGAGGCACUUCGACUGCUUGAAUUGAAUAAGAACCGCAGAUCUCGUGUGACUGCCAAUUAUGCCGCUCAACGUCAAACAUCUGGUUUAUAUACGAAAAACCCAACCGACCAAAUAAACACAAACAGCCAAAAAGACAGUUUUAAAACUGCUCUCACACACAGGAACAAGUGCAAGCUUCAAAGAAAGUCCUGAUUCCCAAAACUGUCUUUUUAUUUUAAUCAUCAGUCUUCCUUCCAGCACUAAUUUUUUAAAAACAGAUUUUUUUUAACAGUAUCUAUGGUAACAGACCCCACUUCAUGAACCCCCCCCCAUGUUAAUGUUCUUUUUUCAGAUAAAAGCAAAUGUUUUAGGCAGUUUUUAGAUGCUCGUGGUAAUAAUAACCCUGACAUAUGUGAAUAGUAAAGAUAAUGAUGACAAUUAUGACAUUUUUGCAGUGUACGAAAUUCAACAAUGAAAAAUAUAUCUAUAUAUAUAUAUAUAUAUAAAUAUAUAUAUUUACACAUUAUGAUUGCUUUUCAUUAAAGGGUAAAUUAGGUAGAUAUAUUACAAGAAAUUGCUGAUAUUUUUAAAUGUCUGGCAGGUUUACAUUUUGUGUCUUGCAUUAUACUGAUCGAAAAUGGAUGAAGUAUUAGCUUGCUUUAUUAGCCUUGGUUUUGUCCUGUAGCUGUUCAUACGUGUAUGAGCUAAAAUAGAGUUUUGGAUUAUAGGUUGACAAAUACAACAUAGUGGAAUUAUAAAUUAGGACGGGCUCAGCAAAACAAUGGAUAUAAUGACCUAUGUGUCACAAUCUCUUUAUUCCCCAUUCGCUGACAACUUGGACACAUUGGCCAAUUUACACAGGUUGUUGGUUAAUGUUUUCUAAAUGCUUCCUUUCUGAUUUUAAGCGACAUUGUGCCCCUGACAUAAACAGCCCUCUAAUAAGUAAACACAACACGCGACGUUAAUUUCUUUAGCAGAUUUGUUGAUGUGCCAGACUAGGAAGCACUGUUAUUUGCUUUGUUCAUACAUUGACUCAAGACUGAAAUGUCAGCCAUGCCCGUAUUUAUAUGGGAUUGAAGAAGCUAGCUUAUGACAGAACUGCUGCCCCUUCGUUGGUGUCACAGUGGCAUAUUUGUCCCCAGUCAGGUGACGUCCCUCAUAUCCCACCACAAAAAAAAAAAAAAAAUCUGUUGCUGCUCUUCGCUAUGGUUGUCAUUAACUGUAGACCACUAUUAAAAAAAAAUAAUAAUUUAAAAAAAGGACUUUCAGUCUUGUGGAAACCAGGCUGAAAAGUUGUGCACAUCUCUGUAUCUCACAUUGCUUGGUAUCCAUUAAGUAAGUAGCUGCUUCGUAGGUUCAAAGAAAAGAAGAACAAAGAGACAUUGACUUGGUCUUUGACAUUCAAAGCACGUGACGCCUCAUAGGAAUAUUGCUUUUUUUUGUUUUAUUUUUGGUUGUAUUAUAUAUAUUUUCUUUACUGUUUAUUGCAACAGGACCUCGUAACAACACAACGCAUCACCUCAUUAAUUUGUUUCUUACCAAAAACCUGGGGAGAAGAAACUACAAUUUGCACAAUCGCUUAUUUAAGUAAUUCAGCAAGCAUUUGGUCUUGCGAUGAAAUGUAUUUUGUAAUUCGGCAAAAAAAAAACACCAUUCAACAUGCACCAAAAGUGUCGUUCAUAAGCAUAUCUGUACUUGGUCUUAAGCAAUAUUAUUUGACAUACAGUGUUAUCACCUGAAACUGGAAAGUCAUUUUGUAAUUGAAAAUGAAACCCAGGAAACUCAUUCCUUUAGCUAUCAGCUCCAAAAUACUUAGCGGUCAUAUUUUUGACUGCAAAUGUACAUAUUUGUAGUGUGAGUUUGGAGAUCAGAAUACAAGUAAGAUCCCUGACACACUGAGAGAUUGGAGAGAUACUUGAUUUCAGAAAACAGCGGGCAUUUCACCUGCUUUCGUGUGCGUUGUUUACCUGACCAAAAAGAUCCACUGGGGCUUCACUUUCAAAAUGAUUUGUUGAUCAUAAAAUCCGAAGUUAGUACAUCUAUCCUGAAUGAUACUACGAUUUAGGUGAAAUAUAUAUAUAUAAAAAUAUAUAUAUUUCUUUCCUAUUUACAAUGCUGCCCUGAAAUAAUAUAAUGAAUUAAACAUGAUUAAUGAUAACAUAAGAGAAUAAUCAUGAGAUCAAAUUAUUUAAUUUGAAUGGUUUGUACUUGUUUUGAGUCAAAUAUAGUGCAGUAUUUUUUAUUUUUUUUAAAAGAAUAUUUAUUUAAGAAAAAAAAGCUGUUAUGUCGUUGGUCAGUUUUUCCUCCCUGGGUUUCUGUGAGCUUAUCUGAAUCUUAGCACUUUCAAACCUUUAAAAAGAGUAUUUGUUUUCUUGUAAAAUUCAAUCGUGUUUAUGUUUUAAAUAGUGUAAUUGAUUUUGUUCAUGUAAUUGCCAUUAGUUUGUGUAGAUUUAAUUAAUCUUUGUAUGUUUUAAGAAUAACAGUAUUUUGAUAGACCUCACUAAUAUUUUUAUUCGUUUCCCAGGCACCCCACCCCACCCCACCCCCA